AUGACUCGUCUUUCUGCAUUGCCCCUGCUGGCUUUGGGCUCUCUUGCCUUGGCCAAACAGGAUGCCUUCAAGUCUAAAUGUGCCAAAUUUGCCGAUCAGAUCGACAUACCUAAUGUGAAGGUUAACUUCGCUGAGUUUGUGCAGGGCGGUACCAACCUGUCCUUGCCUGACAACCCUACUACCUGUGGGACAUUCUCGCAGGUUGUCUCGGUCGAUGUGUGCCGAGUUGCUAUGGCUGUGGCUACUUCCAACAGCAGUGAGAUUACAUUGGAAGCUUGGUUCCCUGAAGAGUAUAAGGGACGUUUCUUGAGCACCGGAAAUGGUGGCAUCUCUGGCUGUAUUCAAUACUAUGACCUGGCAUACACAGCUCAAUUAGGCUUCGCCACGGUCGGAGCCAACAACGGACACAAUGGCACCUCUGGAAAGCCAUUCUACCAGCACCCUGAAGUAGUCGAGGACUACGCGUACCGUUCCGUCCACACCGGAGUUGUGGUGGGCAAGAAACUUACCAAGCAGUUCUACGAUGAGGGCUUCGACAAGAGCUACUACCUGGGAUGCUCAACAGGCGGGCGCCAGGGUUUUAAGUCCGUCCAGAAGUACCCCAAUGACUUCGACGGUGUGGUUGCCGGUGCUCCAGCGAUCAACCUCAUCAACCUGUUCUCCUGGAGUGCACACUUCUACCCUAUCAUUGGCUCUCCUGGCUCCGAUACUUUCCUAACAACGGCUGAAUGGCAAAUUGUCCACGAGGAGAUCAUCCGUCAAUGUGACAGCAUCGAUGGUGCCAGGGAUGGAAUCAUCGAAGACCCCGAUCUCUGCCGUCCAGUUCUGGAAACCUUGACCUGCAACCCCCACGCUGCGAACAAGACUAGCUGUCUAACCAGCACCCAGGUCAACACCGUCAAUCAAGUCCUCGCUCCAUUCUAUGGAAUCAACAGCACCCUGCUGUAUCCUCGCAUGCAGCCCGGCUCUGAAAUGCUCGCUGCCUCUCUCAUGUACGACGGCUCACCAUUCCCCUACAGCGAGGACUGGUACCGCUACGUCGUCUACAACAACCCAUCGUGGAGCGGCAAGAACUUCACCGUUAAUGAUGCCGCAGUAGCCCUCGCACAGAACCCAUACAACAUCCAAACCUGGGAGGGCGAUCUCUCUCCCUUCCAGAAGUCCGGUGGUAAGGUCCUGCAUUACCACGGUCUACAAGACCAGCUUAUUAGCUCUGAGGAUUCCAAGUUGUACUACUCCCACGUCUCGCAGACUAUGCAGCUACCCCCAUCCAAGCUGGAUGAGUUCUACCGCUUCUUCCAGAUCAGUGGUAUGGGUCACUGUGGUGGCGGUGACGGCGCGUAUGGUAUUGGUCAGGGCUCCUCUACUUAUGAUGGUACCAAGCCCGAGGACAAUGUGCUUAUGGCUAUGGUCCAGUGGGUUGAGAAGGGUAUUGCGCCUGAAACGGUUCGUGGUGCUAAGUUUGCCAAUGGCACUGGCUCUAAAGUUGAGUACAGACGCAAGCACUGCAGGUGGCCUCGUCGCAAUGUGUACAAUGGACCUGGUAACUAUACUGAUGAGAAUGCUUGGCAGUGUGUUUAG